AUGACGCGUCCCCAGUAUUUGGAUUUGGUGGGCCAGUAUACUGGUUUUAGACCACAAGGUGAGGCUGUAGUUAGAGGGGGCAGUUGCAUUUCUGUGACAACUAUCAGACAACAUAUGGGGGUAUUGCACCCCGACAUUACCGAUGAGACAGAGGAUCUCCAUAUUGAUCGGUACACGAGGUUGGCGAUGUUCCUUCUUUUUGGGGGUGUCUUGUUCCCGAACACUUCGGGAAAUUUAGUGAGUCUGCGCUUUCUGCAUCAUCUGCAGCUUCUAGUUGAGUUACCCCAGUACACCUGGGGUGCUGCUGUUCUAGCAUACCUGUACAGGAGUAUGUGCCAGGCUAGCAUGGGCACCCAGGUUUGGUCCUGGGAGCAGAUCCUGCCGUUGCAGCCACCUCUACCACCACUAGAGCCGGGUGUAGCACCUCCGUUUCUCCCUCUAGCUACGAGGUGGGUUCUCCGACGUGGGAACUACCGAGGCAGUGAUGAUCGUCAUAAUCUCCCCGUUAUCAGGGAUGUGUUAGAUAUGCUGGUGGCCGGGCAGUUCAUCUGGAUGCCAUACAACGACGAGUUGCUAGUUGAUCUGCCCGAUUAUUGCUCGAUCGACUGA